AAUAGGCAGACGGAGCAGGACGGAGUAAACAAGCUUCAUCACAAAUACCGGGACACUUUUCUCCAUGUACAUCAAAUUUUGCCGCAGUUAUGGCGAGGAUAAAAAAGAUGAAGCCAGUGAAAACUUGUCACCCGAGUCCAAGUUAUCUGUUGAGCUGGAGGGGGGUAAAGGCAAACAGACUGAGGGAAACACACGUCUGUACCGUGCCGGAUGUUUAUUCCUCACCAUAAUCUGCCUGGUGCUGCUGCUGGUAAUCAUUAUCCUCAGUGUGAAACUCCAAACUGGCUCCACAGUGUGCCAUGAGAGAGCAGAAACUACAGCAGCAGACAGCAGGGGUCCUCCGUUUGCCCCAAGUUGCAGCCAUGAAGAGUGCAUGGCUCUAUUCCCCGACACUCUACCCCAACGUACGGGAUGUCAGCAGUGCAAUGCCGGGUGGCUGCCUUAUGGCCGGUCGUGUUUUUACUUCUCCACCUUCAGGCUGAGCUGGGCCAACAGCCAGAAGAACUGCAUCGCCAGAGGAGGAGCUCUGGCUGUUGUUACCAGCCGGAAAGUUCAGAAUUUUCUGACUGGGAAACGGAAAACCAAUUACUGGAUCGGGCUGAGACAAAAAGGAGCCACAUGGACCUGGGUCAACAACGAUGUGCUGCAGGAGAGUUACUGGGCAGAUUCUACACCAGAUGGAGAUUGUGGGAUCCUCAGUGGUAGAAAACCACCUGAGAAGAACUGGAUGAAAGCUUCCUGCGAAGCCGUCACCUACUACAUCUGUGAAGUGCAGCUCUGACAGCAUAUAUCUCUAUAACAGAGUAAUGAGCAAACCAAUCCUCUGUCAACAAGCAUCAACUCCUCCAUAACAUUUCAAAUCAUAUCUCUUUCCACUUUAAUCAGGAAUAUCCAGCAAAGAAAGAUAAUGAAGCUUUUUAGAUGAUAGUUUUAUAUUUAACGCUUGAAGAGCUGUUUAGUCAGAUUGUUUUAUAAUAUUAUAUAUAAAUAUACAUAUAUAUAAUCAUACUUUUGUGUAGAAUUCUGCCGCCUACUUUGUAUUAUAUCAUGUCAGUUAUGCUUAUAGGCACUUAUAAGCAAUAAUCACUACAUUACUCUUAUCUACUGUAUGAUUCUGUUAACUGCUGUCUGACUUCCACAAAUGAUGUCCAGUAAGUUUGUUUUAACAAAAUUUUAUUCUCAUAUAAAAACGUUCAUGCAUCUACACAAUAAGUUGAAUGUCUAUGUUUCACUUUAUUUUAGCUUAGCUUACAUUACUGCUACACAUGCUUUAUAUUGCUAGAAAAAUAACACACUCUUCUUUAGCAUAAUACUGCAGGAAAUAAUUGCACAGUUGAAUAUAAAGACAGAUUG